AUGUGUGGUGUUGGUGUGUUUUUUUGUUCAGACGGCAGGAACCAUCCUCUCCACCUGAUCAGCUCCUCGGAGAAGCAGGGCUCCGACCUGCUGAAGGUUGAGUUCAUCAAGGCCGACCCCGGCGGUCCCAGCUUCCAGACGCUGUUCAACAACACGGAGCAAACACUGAAGGUAGAGUUCUCCUCUCUGGACUUCCUCCUUCACACUAAAGCUCUGCUGUCAACCAUCAACUACUUGAACAGCGCCGUGCCGUCGCAACUCACCGCCACCCGCGACCGGGACAACAAAAAACAGGUGGAGAAGCCCGGACAGGGCCGGACAGUGUCUAAAGGAACCAAAGAUGGCGGCGUGUUCAGCUUCAAGCUGUUCGCCAUGUUGGGUUGUUUCCACGUGGAGGUGUGUGACGAUCGCUGCAGCAUCGCUGACAUCAGAGUCCAAGGUAUCGAUGCGUCGGUGUUGGUGCGGGCGAAGGAGACGGAGGUGUUCGCUCGACUCAGAGACAUCGUGGUCACAGACGUCAACCCCAGAACCAUCCACAGAAAGGCGGUGUCCAUCAUGGGCGAGGAGGUGUUCAGCUUCAAACUCUCCUUGUUUCCGGGUGCGACGGAGGGGGACGGUUACACGGACACGUCGAGGGUGGACGGGAAGGUCACGAUGCGUCUGGGCUGCAUCCAGAUCGUCUACCUGCACAAGUUCCUCAUGUCGCUGCUGGCUUCUUUUAGCUUUCAGUAUGCGUCUGCUGACGAGAUGUUCGUCGACAACUUCCAGACGGCCAAAGAAGCUCUGAGCGCCGCCACGGCUCAGGCGGCGGAGAAGGCGGCGUCCAGCGUUCGGGGCUUCGCCCAGAAGAGCUUCCGUCUGUCCAUGGACAUCAAGCUGAAGGCUCCGCUCAUCAUCAUCCCCCAGUCCUCCACCUCCCAUAACGCCGUGGUGGUGGACCUGGGUCUGAUCACGGUGGGGAACAGCUUCUCUCUGCUGCCGGCGGAAGGUUUCUCUCUGCCGGCGGUGGUGGACAAGAUGGACGUGAAGCUGACGCAGCUGAAGCUCUCCAGAACCACGCUGCAGCAGGACUCGUCCCACCAGGACAUCGAGAUCCUCCAGCCAAUCAACCUAGAGCUGCUCGUCACCAGGAACCUGGCUGCUUCCUGGUUCACCAAGAUCCCCGGAGUCCAGGUCCAGGGAGUCCUGCGGUCCCUCAACAUGAGUCUGGGCAACGAGGACCUCGGUGUGCUGAUGAAGAUCCUGGUGGAGAACAUCGGGGAGGGCAGUAAGGAGCACAGCAUGGACGUCAAGAGACAGGUGGCUCAAGAGAAGGCGGAGCUUGCUGAGCAGCAGGUGGAGGUGGUGUCGUCACAGACGGGAUCUGAUGGCGUGUCGGCCGCCACCAACGGCGGUCUGACUGAAAACACCAUCAACAUUCUCCUGAACUUCGAAAUCAAAGAAGUGUUGCUAACGCUGAAGAAGCCCAGAGAGCAGCAGGAGUUACCUUUCCUGGUCUUUCAUGUCGCUCACCUGGGCAUCAACACUAAAGUCAGGAAGUACGACAUGUGUGCCACAGCGUUCAUCAACAAGAUCACCAUGAAGUGCCUGGAGUUCAAAGACUCGAAUGGUGAGCCGCUGUGUCUCAUCAGCUCUUCUGUGGCGUCUGGAGCUGAGCUGCUCAAAGUGCAGUAUUUAAAGGCCGACCGCUCAGGGCCGAACUUCUCCACAGUCUACAAAAACACGGAGCAGAUGAUCAAUGUGACUUUCACCUCUCUCGACCUCAUGCUCCACACUGAGGCUCUGCUGUCAGCCAUCAACUUCCUGUCGGCGGCGCUGUCGUCCGGCAGCGUGGCGUCUCCAGAGAGAGAGAUCAGACCGAAGACAGAGGACAAGACGGUGUCUGCCAAGUCCACCGCCCUGGUGUCACCUGUCGAUAGUGACAUCAUCGACCUGAAGGUGAUGAUGACGCUGGGAGCCUUCAACGUCCUGGUGUGCGACCAGAGCUGCAACAUGGCCGACAUCAAGAUCCAAGGUAUUAACGGCUCUCUGCUGAUGCAAGGACCACAAACUCACAUCUCAGCCCGCCUGAGAGAUUUCAUCGUCCUCAACGUUGAUCCGAAAAGCAUCCACAAGAAGGCGAUCUCCAUCGUGGGUGACGAGGUGUUCAGCUUCACCAUGAGUCUGACUCCCAAAGCCACGGAGGGCGCCGGCUACGCCGACACCUCCAGAACCGAUGGCAGGGUGAAGCUGAACGUGGGCUGCAUCCAGGUGGUCUACCUGCACAAGUUCAUCAUGUCUCUGCUGAACUUCACCAACAACUUCCAGACGGCCAAAGAAGCUCUGAGCGCCGCCACGGCUCAGGCGGCGGAGAAGGCGGCGUCCAGCGUUCGGGAUUUGGCCCAGAAGAGCUUCCGUCUGUCCAUGGACAUCAAGCUGAAGGCUCCGCUCAUCAUCAUCCCCCAGUCCUCCACCUCCCAUGAUGCACUUGUGAUGGACCUGGGUCUGAUCACGGUGGGGAACAGCUUCUCCCUGCUGCCCGUCGACGGAUGCCCGCUGCCGGCCGUCAUCGACAACAUGGACGUCCAGCUGACGCACCUCAAGCUCUCCAGGACCUGUAUGGAUCCGGCGUCGGGUCGACCCAGCACCGAGCUGCUAGAACCGGUCAACCUGCACCUGAACGUCAAGAGGAACCUGGCAGCCUCCUGGUACAAGAAGAUGGUCGCCGUGGAGAUCGAUGGAGAUCUGAAGCCCAUGAAGGUGGAGCUGAGUCAGGACGACCUGAAGGUGCUGCUGAGGAUCCUGAUGGAGAACCUGGGAGAGGCCGGCAGUCUGGAGCCCACCGCCCCGAGACAGGAGGCCGGUCUGCAGCUCCGGGCAGCCGGAGGCCCCCCGACAGGUGACGUUGGGAAACCGUCUGUCAGCGGUGAGGAAGAGGAGGAGGAAGCUCUGGAGACCUUGAAGUUUAACUUCAACAUCGAGUCUCUUGGUCUGGUUCUGUACAGCAACGACCCGAAACAGUCCUCAGACCUCCAGCACCAGGAGAACCUCCGACUGGGCGAGUUCGCCCUCCGCCUGCUGAAGACUUCGGGGAGGAUCCUGAACAACGGCAGCAUGGAGGUGACCACCAUCCUCAACGCCUGCACGCUGGACGACCUGAGGACCGGCGUGGAGAGGGUGACCUCACGGAUGGUCGGUCGGAGAGACGAGGAGAGCCCCGAGGCGAUGAUAGACGUGACGUAUCGGCAGAGCGCCGCGGAACGGGAAGUGGUGGCGGUGCUGCAGAAACUCUACCUGUGUGCCAGCGUGGAGUUUCUGAUGGCCGUCGCCGAUUUCUUCCUGCAGGCUCUGCCGCAGAGUUCAACGCCGACCGCCGCCGCCUCUGCUCCGAGCGACAGACUGCCGCUGAGACAGACCGCCGAGCCACGAGCCGACGCCAAGACCGCCUCCAUGGUCAGGACUCGUCUGCGGGCGGUGGUGGUGGACCCGGAGGUGGUGUUCGUGGCCAGCCUGAUGAAGGCGGACGCCCCCGCCCUCGUGGCCUCGUUCCAGUGUGACUUCACCCUGCAGGCCGAGGAGGACGGGACCCAGAACACCAGAGCCAACCUGAGGGAGCUGAAAGUCCUUGCCUGCCCCUUCAUCCGAAACAAGGAGGACACGGCCGUCACCACCGUGUUGAAACCCUGCUCAGUCGCCUUGGAGACCAAAACCCACCCGAACCAACCGCUGAGCGGCUCUGUGACGGUGGAGGAAGUCAUUGUGAAGAUCUCUCCGUUCAUCCUCAACACAGUGAAGACAAUAACAGCCGCCAUGACGGCGAAGCAGCACGAAGAGCAGAGUCCGGCGGCGAAGAUGGACGUCGGCAACCUCUGGUCGGUCAUGAACAUCUACGGCGGUAACUACUGGUUCCUGGGAGUGGACCAGGCCACCGAGGUCACCGAGACCUUCAGAGAGCAGGAUGGGCGCAACGACGGCGAGAGCUUUACUGCCGAGGUCAAGGUGGUCCAGGUGACUCUGGAGUCCGGGUUGGGUCAUCGGACCGUCCCUCUGCUGCUGGCCGAGUCCUCCUUCAAUGGAUCGGCCAAAAACUGGUCGUCUCUGCUGCAGCUCAGAGCCGACAUGACGCUGGAGGUGAACUACUUUAAUGAGGUCCAUGCGGUGUGGGAGCCUCUGAUCGAACGAGUCAACGGCGGCAGACGCAGAUGGAACCUGGAGCUGGAGAUGAAGAACAGCCCGGUCCAGGACAAGAGUCCCGUUCACGGAGACGACUUCGUCAUUCUGCCUGAACCUCGCACGGCCAUCAACAUCUGCUCCAAAGACACCAUGAACAUCACCGUCUCCCAGUGCAGCCUCAACGUCUUCUACAACCUCAGCAAGGCGUUCUCAGAGGGCACAGCCUCCACCUUCGACUACUCUCUGAAGGAGAAGGCCCCCUUCACCAUUAGAAACUCUCUCGGGAUUCCUCUCAUCGUGCAGCACAGCGCCAACCUGAGGCCGGUGGGUUCAGCGGCGCAGGGGAAGCUACACGAGCUGUCAAUGGAUCAGAGCAUGGACCUGGAGCACUCCAUGUUCGAACCGUCGUCACGGGGCAAUCUGUCGGCUCUGCAGCGCCAAGAGAGCUGCCUGUUCAACCUCACCAUCGUUCCCUCCGGAUACAGCGAGAUCUCCAACAUCGCCGUGGACAAGCCGGGUCGCCGUCUCUACAACAUCCGAGGUCCGAUGCUGCAGGAGGCGGUUUCUGUGCUGCUGCAGAUCGACGCCGCCGAGGGCAACAAGGUCAUCACUGUCCGCUCGCCGCUGCAGAUAAAGAAUCACUUCUCGGUGCCGUUCACCAUCCUGAAGUACUGUCCGACGUCCAGGAGCCUGCAGAGCGUCGGACAGGCCGAACCCGAGAAGGAGUUUCAGAUCGCCUUAGAAACAUACAGAUGUCAGCUGUUUGUGCGUCCGGCGGGUUGCCUGGACAGUCAGUACGGACCGUCGUCCACCUGCGUGGCGUGGAAGGAGCAGGUGCACCGCAGCUCGGAGGUGCGUUCGGUGCUGCAGUGUCCGGCGAGUGACAGCAGCUUGCUGCCGCUGAUGGUCAGCACGCUGGCCGUCCCCGACGACCUGCGACACAUCGCCAAUCACGGAGAGGAGGACUGGGACCCCGCCUACGUCAUCCACCUCCACCCUGUGGCCACGCUGCGCAACCUGCUGCCUUACACCGUCCGCUACAUGAUGGAGAGCUCAGCGGACUCCUACGAGCUUCAGGAAGGCAACACGUCGGACCUCCUGAACGCUCGUAUCUCAGGUGAGAUCAUGUCGUUGGUGCUGAUGAGGUAUCAGGGCCGCGACUGGCACGGACACGUCCGCGUCCAACAGGAAAUGCCAGAGUUCUUGGCCAUGUGCCUCACCUGCGACUCGGACGCCAGCAUGACGGUGGACGUGGGCGUUCAUGUGACGAAGACGCCGGGCCGCCUGCUGCUGUCGCUCUUCAGCCCGUACUGGAUCAUCAACAAGACGUCUCGGGUGCUGCAGUACAGAGCCGAGGACGUCAGCGUCAAACACCCCGCCGACUUCCGGGACAUCGUCCUGUUCUCCUUCAGGAAGAAGAACCUCUUCAGCAAGAGCAAGCUCCAGCUGUGCGUCUCCACCAGCUCCUGGUCUGACGGGUUCUCUCUGGACACCGUAGGAAGUUACGGCUGCGUUCGCUGUCCCGCCAGCAACAUGGACUUCCUGGUGGGCGUUAGCAUCCAGAUGAGCAGCUUCAACCUGACCCGGAUUGUCACCAUGAGUCCGUUCUACACUCUGGUGAACAAGUCUUCGUACGAGCUGGAGGUGGGAGAAGUCACCGGCCACGACUCCACCAGGUGGCACUACAUCUCCUCCACCGAGUGCCUCCCUCUGUGGCCGGAGAACGGCUCGGGGAAGCUGUGCGUCCGUGUGGUCGGAUCCGAAUCCACCUCCAAGUUCUUCUACUUUAACCGGCAGGACACCGGCACCCUGCUGAGCCUGGACAUGUGCGGCGGGAUCAUCGUGGACGUCAACAUGUCCGACCUCUCGACCAUCAUCAGCUUCAUUGAUUACUAUGAAGGAGCAGCUCCGGCCCUGCUGCUCAACCACACUCCCUGGGUCACCAUCAGCUACAGGCAGAGCGGCUCGGCGACGGUUCACGAGCUGAAACCCAGCGAGGCUCGGCGGUUUGCGUGGGACGACCCGGCGGGCGUCCGGACGCUCAGCUGGAGCUGCAUGGAGCAUUCUGGAGAGCUGGACCUGCUGAAGGACGAGGUGGGUCAGUUCUCCUACGACAGCCUGUCUCAGGUCCACUGGGUCUCCUUCCUGGACGGACGCCAGCGGGUGCUGCUGUUCACCGAGGACGUCGCCGUGGUGACGAAGGCCCGCCAGGCCGAGGAGCUCGAACAGUUCGAACAGGAAGUGAAGGUGUCGCUGCAGAACCUCGGACUGUCGCUGAUCAACAACGGCAACCGGCAGGAGAUCGCUUACAUCGGCAUCACCAGUUCAGGUGUGGUUUGGGAGAUGAAGCCAAAGAACCGCUGGAAGCCGUUCAGUCAGAAGAACAUCAACCUACUGGAGAAAACCUACCAGAGCCAGCUGAACGGGAAGACCGCGGGGGGCUGGGUCAAACUGGAGACCAACCUGGAGGUCAACCUCAACGGAGCCAUCAUGAUGAUGCGUCAGCCGUAUUCCUGCCCGGUGAGGAGGAACUUCCUGUCUGGGAUCCAGGUGGAGUUCAAACAGUCCCCGCACCAGCGCUGCCUGAGGGCGCAGCUGCACUGGCUGCAGGUGGAUAACCAGCUGCCAGGUGCGAUCUUCCCCAUCGUCUUCCAUCCUGUUCCUCCUCCCAAAUCCAUCGCUCUGGACUCAGAGCCGAAGCCGUUCAUCGACGUGUCCGUCAUCACCAGGUUCAACCAGCACAGCAGCGUCAUGCAGUUCAAGUACUUCAUGGCUCUGGUUCAGGAGAUGGCGGUGAAGAUCGAUCAGGGUUUCCUGGCGGCCAUCUUGGCUCUGUUCACACCUGCCGCUGACCCCCAGGCCGACGGACAGAAGUCACGGCUGCUGGAGAAAGACCUGCAGCUGCUGCAGACGGAGCUGAUGGAGGCGUCACUCACCGACACGUCAGGACUCAGCUUCUUCGAACAUUUCCACAUCUCGCCCAUCAAGCUCCAUCUCAGCUUGUCUCUGGGCUCCAGCGGCGAGGACUCGGCUCAGGAGACGGAGGCCAUUCAGUCCUUCAACCUGUUGCUGAAAAGCAUCGGAGCCACGCUGACCGACGUCGAUGACCUCAUCUUCAAACUGGCCUUCUUCGAGGUGAAGUACCAGUUUUACCGCAGAGAGAAGCUGAUGUGGGCGGUGGUCCGACACUACUCUGAACAGUUCCUGAAGCAGAUGUAUGUUCUGGUUCUGGGUCUGGACGUCCUGGGAAACCCGUUUGGACUGAUCCGAGGUCUGUCUGAGGGAGUGGAGGCCUUCUUCUACGAACCUUUCCAGGGGGCCGUCCAGGGUCCAGAAGAGUUUGCGGAAGGUUUUGCGAUCGGAGUCCGCAGCCUGCUGGGUCACACUGUCGGUGGCGCUGCCGGUGUGGUCUCCAGGAUCACGGGUUCAGUGGGUAAAGGGCUGGCGGCCAUCACCAUGGACAAAGAGUACCAACAGAAGCGGCGAGAGGAGAUGAACCGACCGCCUAGAGACUUCGGAGAGAGUCUGGCUAAAGGAGGAAAAGGACUGCUGAAGGGCGUGAUGGGCGGAGUUACAGGCAUCGUCACCAAACCGAUGGAGGGAGCGAAGAAGGAGGGAGCGGCGGGUUUCUUUAAGGGCAUCGGGAAAGGUUUGGUGGGCGUGGUCGCUCGGCCGACGGGCGGCAUCGUGGACAUGGCGAGCAGCACCUUCCAGGGCAUCCAGAGAGUGGCGGAGUCCACAGAGGAAGUGACCAAACUGCGACCAGUGCGUCUGAUCAGGGAGGACGGGAUCAUCCGACCGUAUGACCUGACGGAGUCGCAGGGCUUCGACCUCUUUCAGCGCUCAGAGAUCAAACAGCUGGAUGGUGAAGUGUUCAGAGAUCACUGUCCGUAUCCUGGACACCGCAAGACCAACAUCAUCGUCACCAACAGGAGGGUUCUGUGUGUGAAGGAGAUCGACUUCGUGGGUCACUUCAACAGAGAGUGGGAGUGUUUGUUUGAGAACUUCUAUCGUCCUCCAGCUGUGACGGGAUCUGAACUGAAAAUCUACUGCAAGGAGCAUCAGAAGUUGAAGUUGCCAAAAAGAGACGGUCAGGAGUCGGUGAGGAGCGUUCAGCUCAGAGACUCAAACUGUGCUCAGAAGCUGCAGGUGGCCAUAUCAGACGCUCAGGUGGCGCAGCAGCAGCACCGCAUGGCCAGACAGAAGUCACAGCGCUUCCUCAACCUGAAAAACCAACAGUGAGGUCACUUCCUGUCAGCACACCCAUUUCCUGUCCACUGCUGAUCUUUAUUAGAAAUAUGAAUCCUUUUUUAUUAUACGUUAUAUAUAUAUAUAUAUAUAUAUAUAUAAAUUAUAUAUUAUAUUAAUCAACAGUAAAGAUGAUUUCCGUCCAAAGAGCCAAAGAGCUGAGGCAGCAGGGUUGUGGGUUUAAUUUUGCUUUUAUUUUGAAGGUGGACCUGUCCAAAGAGCUGAGUCAGCAGGGUUGUGGGUUUAAUUUCUACUGAACGCUCUUAUUUUGAAGGUGGAGCUGAGUCAGCAGGGUUGUGGGUUUAAUUUCUACUGAACGCUCUUAUUUUGAAGGUGGAGCUGAGACAGCAGGGAUGUGGGUUUAAUUUCUACUAGAGCUCUUAUUUUGAAGGUGGAGCUGAGACAGCAGGGUUGUGGGUUUCAUUUCUACUGAACGCUCUUAUUUUGAAGGUGGAGCUGAGACAGCAGGGUUGUGGGUUUAAUUUCUACUAGAGCUCUUAUUUUGAAAGUGGAGCUGCGGCAGCAGGGUUGUGGGUUUAAUCUCGCUCUUAUUUUGUAUGUUUACAUAGUCCUGAUGCUGUGAGGCAUUCUGGGUAAAAACCCUUCAUGGAAUGGUCGCUGGAGUCGUGUGAUUGUUAUUGAAUGAUUUAAAUAUCUAUACAUGAAUAUAAAUGUGGUGAAAAGUUUUUAUUAUUUUAUUUCAUUUUGUUUUAUUUCACUUUAAAUUUUUAUUUUAUUAUUUGUAUUUUUAUUUGUAUUUGUAUUCUUAUUUGGAGUCUCAUCAGUUGAAGGGUUUGGGGUAUUCUUGUCCCUGCGGUUUGCCUGCAGGCUGCACUGUCACAUGAAGACGAAGUCAUAAAAACAACGAGUUGCACUAAAAACGAUGAUCAAUAAUCAGCGUCAAUGAUGAAUGUUUGCUGUCGUUCAUCUUCAGAGAAAUACACAGAUGUGAUAAUAAUAAUUACCCGGCAGCUUUAUUAAUAUCUAAUUAUCUCAGAAGAGAAUAGAAACACUAAAAUCUCUGAGAUGACGUCACAGGAUUCAGAUUCUGUUUACCUGAAGAAUUUACAUCUGUUUCACUUUUAUUCUGAUGAUCUUUGCUGUAAUCAAAAGUCUGUUUCUGUCUGAUAUUGAUGAUUAACUAUAAUAAUUAAAAAGACAUGUAAGCUGAAUAAAUGUCUCUAAAGAUUAAA